GUCGAUAAUUUCACAAUCGCGCACCGCUCCGCGUAAUAAAUAAGAACGUUUUCACCAUUUAAUUUGCGAGGACCGAGAAAAUUCCAAACGAAACAGGCGAAGCGAGGCGGCUACUUUCGGUGACAGUUCGAGGAAGCCAGUGUUUUCAAACCAAAAUUGUGUCAGUGGAGGCGGUGGCCACGCAAUCCGGAAUCCGGGCGACCGAUCGUUGGGUAACCUAGCGAAAACCGAAAAUCCGCCGUAGUCAUGGCGUUCCGGCUGUUUGGCACGGCCAAAACGAUGGCCGGAAUGAUGCGGCGCAACUACACGGCGGGCUCGCUGACGGGAAAGGUCCAACGCACAUCCAUGGGGGCCACGGGCGCCGGGGUCUACAUACUGCCCGCGGAGCUGUCACCCCUGCUCCGCUACAUAGUCAAACAGAUCCAGCUGCUCUGCAAGAAGCCGCCCAAGGGAUUCGAGAAAUACUUCGAGGCAGGCGGCAAAUCCUCGGGCCAGCCCAAGGGAACCGCCGGCGAUAAGAAGCCCCCUUCGGGAUCCAGUAAAUCCGCCUCGGAGAAACCCAGCACAUCCGCACCCGCCUCGGCCAAGCCCCCACGUGCCCAAACGGAGGCCAAGUCGGACUGGAACUUCGGCAUGUUCAGCAACAGCACGCGGGGACCGGCGGGCAGGGGCGGCAACACGCCGGGCGGUAGGCCGCUGGGCGAGGGCGGCGGCGGCGGCGACAGGGAGCGGUGGAUCCUCCUGGGCGCCAUCGGAGCCGUCGUCCUGGUCGGCUCGUUCGCCUUCUUCGAGAUGGGCUACAAGGAGAUCUCCUGGAAGGAGUUCGUCAACAGCUACCUGUCCAAGGGCAUGGUGGAGAAGCUGGAGGUGGUCAACAAGAAGUGGGUGCGCGUGCGUCUUCAGCAGAACAGCAACAGCGGUAGCGGAGUCUUGUGGUUCAACAUCGGCAGUGUCGACAGCUUCGAGCGGAACCUGGAGACGGCGCAGGCGGAGCAGGGAACCGAGUCCAUCAACUUUGUGCCCGUAAUCUACCGCAACGAGGUGGAGGCCUCCAGUUUGACGGGUCUGCUGCCCACGCUGCUCAUCAUCGGCUUUCUGGUCUACAUGAUGCGCAAGUCGGCGGAUAUGAUGGGCGGUGGUCGAGGACGCAAGGGUGGCGGCCUCUUUGGAGGCGUCAUGCAGUCCACCGCCAAGCUGACCAAUCCCACAGAGAUUGGCGUAGGUUUCAAGGACGUUGCCGGUUGCGAGGAGGCCAAGAUCGAGAUCAUGGAGUUUGUGAACUUCCUGAAGAACCCGCAGCAGUAUAUCGAUCUGGGUGCCAAGAUACCAAAGGGGGCUAUGCUUACUGGCCCACCCGGCACGGGUAAGACGCUUCUGGCCAAGGCCACCGCCGGCGAAGCCAAUGUGCCUUUCAUCACCGUGUCGGGAUCCGAGUUCCUCGAGAUGUUUGUGGGCGUGGGACCCUCUCGCGUCCGUGAUAUGUUCGCCAUGGCGCGCAAACAUGCUCCCUGCAUCCUCUUCAUCGACGAAAUCGACGCAGUGGGUCGUAAGCGUGGUGGCAAAACAUUCGGCGGCCACUCGGAGCAGGAGAACACCCUCAACCAACUUCUGGUGGAGAUGGAUGGCUUCAAUACCACAACGAAUGUGGUGGUGCUGGCUGCUACCAAUCGUGUGGAUAUUCUGGACAAGGCUCUUAUGCGACCGGGUCGCUUUGAUCGUCAGAUUUAUGUUCCAGCUCCAGAUAUCAAGGGCAGGGCGAGCAUCUUCAAGGUGCAUUUGGGUAACCUGAAGACGACGCUGGACAAGAACGAGCUGAGCAGGAAGAUGGCGGCUCUGACGCCGGGUUUUACAGGCGCCGACAUAGCCAAUGUGUGUAAUGAAGCGGCUUUGAUUGCCGCCCGUGACUCCAAGGACUCAAUUGUCCUGAAGCACUUCGAACAGGCCAUUGAGCGUGUUAUCGCUGGCAUGGAAAAGAAGACCAAUGUAUUGGCGCCGGAGGAAAAGCGAACUGUGGCGCAUCACGAGGCUGGCCAUGCGGUGGCCGGUUGGUUCCUGGAGCACGCUGAUCCGCUGCUCAAGGUAUCGAUCAUCCCGCGCGGCAAGGGUCUGGGCUAUGCCCAGUAUCUGCCCAAGGAUCACUACUUGCUGUCCCAGGAGCAGCUAUUCGAUCGCAUGUGCAUGACCCUCGGUGGCCGUGUGGCCGAAGAGCUGUUUUUCAACCGAAUCACCACGGGUGCCCAGGAUGAUCUGAAGAAGAUCACCGAUAUUGCCUACUCCCAGGUGGUGCGUUUCGGCAUGAACGAGAAGGUCGGACAGGUUAGCUUCGAUGUGGGCCAGGCUGGCGAUCCCAUCUUCAGCAAGCCCUACUCAGAGGACACAGCCCAACUAAUCGAUAGCGAGGUGAGGUCGAUUAUCAAGUGCGCCCACCAGGCCACCACUGCUCUGCUGACCAAGCACAAGGAGGAUGUGCAAAAAGUGGCCGAGAGACUGCUGCAAAACGAAGUCCUCAGUCGAGAUGACAUGAUCGAACUGCUGGGCCCCCGACCCUUCAAGGAGAAGUCCACGUACGAGGAGUUCGUCGAGGGAACCGGCUCCUUUGAGGAGGACACCACUCUGCCCGAAGGCCUUAAGAGCUGGAACAAGGAGAAGGAGCGACCGGAGCCACUGGACGCCGGCAGCACGCCCACUCCGCCGCCCACCAAGCCCGUGACUGCCCAGAGCAGCUAGGCUAGAGUUCCUCUAUGUCUUGAUCUAUGGGGAACUUUGUAGUGCUAGUUCGAGGGUGCCGACAUCUCUUUGUUUUUGUUGUCAUCCCCAUUUGCGGACCGGAGAAGGCCCCGACCUGCGAUGCGUAGAGAGGGCUCGAAGGAGUUCCUAGAUCUAGAGCUCCAGUUCUCCACGACGCGUACAUCAUUGUUUUUGCAUAAUUUUAAGAUAGCCCCAUGGAUAGAUACCUCGUUCCAGUGUUGAGUAUAUAAGCGACUGUACUAAAUUUCCCGUAUGCCGUAUUUUCAGAAUGCAAUAAAAAAUGGAUAAAACUUGUCAGUGUGGAAAAACGAAAUUAAACGAUGUUUUCAAGUCGAAAAAA